AUGGUAUAUACAGUCCCCCUCAUCAUAUUCAUGGACGAUGUUUCUGGUAACAUAUCCAAACAAUGGAAUAAACAUCACGCGAUUUAUAUGUCGAACACAAAUUUACCCCAUGAGAUGCUGGAGAAAGAAUUCUUUGUACGCUUUGUUACAUCUUCGCCUCAUGUUGCUCCCAUGGAACUCAUGCGGGCAAUGAAACAAUCAAUUUCAUUUGUUGCUACAUCUGGUGUCGUCGCAUGGGAUUGCAAAGAUAACGAAGAAGUCUUGCUGAUUCCAUGCGGGCUUUUCCUUGCUGGGGACAAUCCCAUGCAGGCAGAGGAGUGCAGCCACGCAGGGCUAAAUUGUAAUUAUUUCUGUCGGACGUGCGACAUUGGUGGAACAAAAGAAUUCAAGGCAUCUGAGGAUGGUUAUAGUAGCCUGUUCACGUCAGGAAAUCUGCGAACACCAGAAAGCACUGCAACGAACAUCCGACAGCAGUUUGAGACAGCAUUGAAGUCUGGUGCGACAGAGAAAAUCAAGAAUUUGGUGUCGACAAUGGGUAUUCGUGAUACGGCCUCCAUCUCUAUCAUCAACACCCUUGUGGAACUUGAAAAGAAGCUCCGAAAACGUGUGGCUGGCAACACAGUCGACGACACCAUCAACCCGUUGUUGGGGAUGGAUGGUCUCAAUAUGCACAUGGACACACCAACGGAAAUCCUGCAUACAGUGCUACUUGGUGUUGUCAAGUACUUCUGGGGACAAACUGUAUUUUUACUCGAAAAAGCAAAGCUUAUGGACGUUUUUCAGACCCGUCUCCAUUCUGUCGAUACUGAUGGACUGAAUGUUCUGUGCCUGGGUGCGGAUUACAUUUGCCAUUAUAAAGGUAGCCUGAUUGGAAAGCAUUUCAAGAGCUUGGCACAAGUGAUGCCAUUCUUAAUUUAUGACCUUGUGCCUUCAACUGUUCUCGACACAUGGACCAUCAUCGGAGAACUUGUCGUGCUUGUAUGGCACACCAACAUAUUGAAUACGGAAGCUUAUCUUGUAAGUUUAUAUGCAAAUAUAGAUUCUAGCAAUCGUCAAGCGCCGAGCCAUGACAGCUGCAGAACCUUCGCUCACCAAGACAUCAUCAAGCAUGUGGCCACUGGUGGAUAUUGGUACAACCCCAAGGCAGAAAAAUGGGUUCAGGCAGGUCCAGUGGUCAUUGGGUACCUGCACGAUCACCCAGAGCAAGCCUGA